AUGGAUUGGACAAAAGAUCGAACCAAUACGUUGAAGCUUUUGCGCCGAACAUUUUCUCUAAAUAGUAUCGAUGCGCAGGGUCGAAAGCGUAAUACAGCUAUUCGUUUUCUUUGGCAACCCUCGAUUGUGCCACCCGAGCUGUUAAAGAUUUCGGUAGAUUUGGCGUACAAGUUUCUUGAAAAUCCGGAGCUGGGUAAAGUUAGUGGACGAGAUUGGUUGCAAGCAAUCUUUAGCUACAUCAAAGUGAUUUGUAUUGAUUAUAACGAAGCAGCCAGACGCUUAUCGAAAAGUGAUUUUACGCGCAGCGAUGUCUCGGCUCGUCCUUUUGCUUUGUUCAUUAUGACAUUAGCCGAAAAGAAGCCACAUCUGUUGAACAAGCAUAUCGUCAACAUUGCACCAUUCUUGGCCGAUGAUCCAUCUGCACUUCGCUGUGCAGUUCUUUGUGCAUUUGUCGAAAUUGUUAUGCAAGUUUACAAAGGAAAUUUGCCAGAGGGUAAUUUCCGACGUUCUCGUGAUCGGCUUCUUCUACAUUUACAGGAUCAUACAGCAGAUGUAAACGCCGUGGUACGAUCUCGUGUGCUGCAGCUGUGGACCCGGUUGGCACGUGCCUCGCAGAUUCCAAUAAUUUUUAUCAACAGUGGUCUUAUCCGUGAUAUCGGGGGUCGUCUUUUGGAUAAAUCGAUUUCGUUAAACGCUGAUGAUUUGGCAGUUGCUUUACGGCAUCUUGAGCUCGAAAGACGGGAACUGAAGCAAACCAAUCCAGGUAGUUCUUGCGUUUGCAAAUUCGUGCAGGCAAAAAAAUAA